AUGGGCGCCUCCGUCAGCGGGCGUCUCGUCAUGGCACUGCUGCCAGCCUUGAUGCCGUCCACGCUCCUCGGUCCCACGCUGGCUCUUGCGCAGGACCAAAACGAAACGUGGUGCGCGACAAAGGGGAAGCCGGCGGGCAAGGUCCUCCAGGGAUACUGGGAGAACUGGGACGGGUCGAAGAACGGCGUCCACCCCCCCCUCGGCUGGACGCCCAUCGACGACGCGCAGAUCCGGCGGCACGGGUACAACGUGAUCAGCGCCGCGUUCCCCGUGAUCCUGCCCGACGGCACAGCCCUGUGGGAGGACGGCAUGGACGCCGACGUCAGGGUCGCGACGCCGGCGGAGGUGUGCCGGGCCAAGGCGGCGGGCGCGACGGUGCUCCUGUCCGUGGGCGGCGCGGCCGCGGGCAUCGACCUCGGCUCGGCGGCCGUCGCCGACAGGUUCGUGUCGACCAUUGUCCCGAUCCUCAAGAGGUACAACUUUGACGGGGUCGACAUCGACAUCGAGACGGGCCUCAGCGGCGGCGGCAGCAUCGACGCGCCGUCGGCGUCCCAGGCCAACCUGAUGCGCAUCAUCGACGGCAUCCUCGGCCGCAUGCCGCCCAACUUUGGCCUGACCAUGGCCCCCGAGACGGCCUACGUGACGGGCGGCGGCGUCACGUACGGGUCCGUCUGGGGCGCCUACCUGCCCGUCAUCAAGAGGUACGCCGACAGCGGCCGGCUGUGGUGGCUCAACAUGCAGUACUACAACGGCGAGAUGUACGGGUGCGCGGGAGACGCGUACCCGGCCGGCACGGUCCGGGGCUUCGUCGCCCAGACGGACUGCCUGGACAAGGGGCUCGUGGUCCAGGGCACCACGGUCCGGGUCCCCUACGGCAUGCAGGUUCCCGGGUUGCCCGCGCAGCCGGGCGCCGGCGCCGGAUUCAUGGCGCCCGGCCUGGUCGGGCAGGCGUGGGAUCACUACAACGGAUCGCUCAAGGGCCUCAUGGCGUGGUCCAUCAACUGGGACGGGUCCCGGGGAUGGACCUUUGGCGACAACGUCAAGCCGCGGCUCUGA